CAGAGCUUGCGGACCGAGGCUCAGACAAAGGCGCUGAGGGCUGCUUUCGCUCUCCUGCAGCAUCCACACCCACCCAUCAAGACCGCGGCGAGCCUGGUUUUCCAAUCCCUCCAGAACUCACCAGCACUACUCUUCCUCACCACCAUCAGGACCCCUCCUGGACCACGGUCACCAUGGAGCUGGACUUCGGCCACUUCGACGAGCGGGACAAGGCCUCCCGUACCCCACGGGGGAGCCGCAUGAACGGGCUGCCCAGCCCCACGCACAGUGCUCACUGCAGCUUCUACAGGACACGCACGCUGCAGGCGCUCACCAACGAGAAGAAGGCCAAGAAGGUGCGCUUCUACCGCAACGGCGACCGCUACUUCAAGGGCAUCGUGUACGCGGUGGCCACCGACCGCUUCCGCACCUUCGACGCGCUGCUCGCCGACCUGACUCGCUCCCUCUCCGACCACAUCAACCUGCCGCAGGGGGUGCGCUUCAUCUUCACCAUCGAUGGCUCCCGCAAGAUCAUGUCCAUGGACGAGCUGGAGGAAGGUGAGAGCUACGUCUGUGCCUCCGAGAACUACUACAAGAAGGUGGACUACACCAAGAACGUCAAUCCCAACUGGUCCGUCAACGUCAAGGCCUCAGCCAGCCAGAAGAACCUGCAAUCGAUGACCAGCUCCAAGAGCAACAGCGACUUCAAGGAGAGCAAGGAAUUUGUGCGGCCCAAGCUGGUGACGGUGAUGCGUAGCGGCGUGAAGCCGCGCAAGGCCGUGCGCGUGCUGCUUAACAAGAAGACGGCGCACUCCUUCGAGCAGGUGCUCAACGACAUCACCGAGGCCAUUAAGCUGGAGAGUGGCGUCGUCAAGAGGAUCUACACUCUGGACGGCAAGCAGGUCACCUGCCUGCAGGACUUCUUCGGAGACGACGACGUCUUCAUCGCCUGCGGCCCGGAGAAGUUCCGCUACGCCCAGGAUGACUUUUCGCUGGACGAGAACGAGUGCAGGGUGAUGAAGGGGAACACCAAAGGCGGUGCCCAGCGGAACUCCACCAAGAGUCCGGGACCGGCCCGCCGCAGCAAGUCGCCCACUGAAUCGACCAAUGGGACGGGUUCCAGCAGCCAGCUUUCCACCCCUAUCUCCAAGCAGUCUCCCAUCUCCACGCCAACCAGUCCUGGCAGCCUCCGCAAGCACAAGGAAUUGUACCUUCCCCUCUCCCUGGAUGAUGACGACUCCCUGGGAGACUCUAUGUAAUCUGGUAUUACCGCGGUCGCCCGCGCCCCCCUGUCCCAAAUACACACGACCCGCCAGUCGCAGAGGUAUCUUUGGUGCUCAUCAUUCCUGAUUCCCCGACACCCCCAUGACUCACCUCCUGAACCCCACCCCUCGAUAAACGCUAUCCUUGCCUAGCCUCUGUUAAUACUGGCAUGUUCUUUCUUUGUUUAAAAAAAAAUCCAUCAUAAAGCCUUUUUUUACCUUUAUGACUCACGGUUUUUAUUUUGUACCGUGUGUGUAUGCCGGGCAUAUGCACUGGUGACGUUAACGCGGGACUCCCCGCUCGUUCCGCACGCUGAAAACAUCAGCGUGGAUUCAAAACAAAACAUAUUGAAACACAGUGGUCACGUUUUUGUCUUUGCAGUUCUUUUGCUGGAAAACUUUUUUUUUUUAUGUAUUUUCUGAAUGAUUAGAUAAACCUGGUUUCGGUCUGGAUCUUGCGAGUCACAGCUGGAGUUUUUUAAUAGUGAACUUACUUCGGUUAUGGGGGGAUGUAGUUACCCAGGGCUGGCUUAAGGUGUCGCUGUCUACACGUCCACUAAGUGCUAAGACACCAUCAGCCUCAAGCUAAUAGCUGAUUUUAUUUCUUUCUUCACAAAGUUACCUCCCUUCUGGAACGUUCUAGGUAUAUUAAAAAACUUUACGUGUUGCCACUUGAGAGGAAGAAGACGUACCAUACGGGCGUUUAUCAGCACAUCGUCCCUUUCCUAGCUUGCACGGAAAAACAGGCACUCCUCGGUGCGGUGGCAGCCCGCCUGGCAUCCCCGUUAUAUCCCACAUAAACAACCCCCGAGGUCUGUCUAACGUGCAAAACGCUCCGUGAAGCGAAUGUCUCUGGAAAUCUUGUUUUUUUUUUUUUGCAUUCUUUUUUUAAGUACCUUUGACCUGUAGUUGUUAUUAGCGCGCUAGCUCUCUCCACCACAUGACCUUCGUCGAACGCCGGUUAGAAUGGGCCGAGCUGUCGACGCGGCCCCUCACCUAUAGUGGUGCCUUUUUUCGAUGUUUGUUUUGUCUUUUGAUAAGUAAUAAACAGGCGUGUCAGGCCUUCUUUUCUGAUGACUAGUUUCUUGGUGUUUUUACGUCCGGCACUGCGGUCAUCCUUGCCUUGUGUCGAAGUUGAUUCCCCCCACGGCCGUCUUGUGACAUGGCACCUCUUUGCUUGGUUCAGUGCCCGAUUCUGUAUAUAACUCCCUCUGCUGCGUACAUAUUCUGCUGAAUGUCAAGUGAACCCCCUGUCCUUUGCAGCAUAUGUCCGUUUUUUUUUUU